AUGGAAGUCCUGUCUUUGCCAGGAUACAACGUUUCCUCAUGGUAUAGCGUCGGGUCUCGGGGGACCGUCAUGGUCGGUCUCAUUGAGAGUGGUGUCUACAAUGAAACGGAGCUCUUUUACUCCGAUAACCUACAGAAGAUCAUUCAAAAUCGAUCUACCUUUUAUUCGCCGUGGCUAUACAGGAUGGAGUUCGACGCCGGGAGCAAGUUUCCAGACGGAAUGCACCUCUAUCUCACGACCCAUGGAAUCACCGCCCAGGCUGAUAUCUUCGUCAAUGGUGCUCUUGUGGCAUCUCAUAAAACCCAGCAGGGCUCGUUUGUUGGUUGGAAAUACGACAUUGCCGCAUCGAUCAGAGAGGGACUAAAUUGCAUCCUCAUAAAAACAUACCCGGCUUCAUAUCACCGGGAUUUUGCGAUUGGGUUCGCGGACUGGAAUCCUUACCCACCAGAUAAUGGGACGGGAGUAUGGAGGAAUGUAGAACUGUCUGCGAGUGGUGCCGUAUCCAUCUCACCUCCUCGUGUUAUUACUACGUUCCAACAGCCAGAUGCGAGCCAAGUUGAUAUCAUCGUUACGGCGGAGAUCACCAAUCACCAGCCGCGAACUGUCGUCGGAAUGGUGACUGGAGUCAUUGAAUCAGAGAAUAAGGACCAGGUGCUCCGCAUGGCGCAGUUCUUCAUGCUGAAUGCGCACGAAUCCAGAAGUAUUGCUCUGACGACCAAGCUCGAUAAGCCUCACGUUUGGUGGCCUGCUUCCUGGGGAGAGCAGCCCUUGUAUACGGUCUUGCUCAACGUCACCACCGUCGACAACCACCCGUCAAAUGUCCGUACCAGAAGCUUUGGAAUCAGACACGUCACUUCUCAUCUAAAUUCGUAUAAUGAUAGGGAAUUCACCGUAAACGGAUACCCGUUUCAAGUCCUGGGAGCCGGGUACUCUCCCGAUAUCUUCUUGCGAUUUGACGAGAACCGUGUCCGCAAGAUCUUUAAGCACGCCCUGAACAUGGGCCUGAACACUGUUCGUUUGGAAGGGAAAUUGGAACAGCCCGAACUGUACGAACUUGCCGACCGAAUGGGGAUAAUGGUGCUACCCGGCUGGGAAUGUUGUGAUAAAUGGGAGGCAUUUGAUUAUAACGAUGAUAAUAAGGCACUCAGAUGGGACGAAAAUGACUAUACAAUCGCUGAAAACUCGAUGCGUCACGAAGCAAUGCAGUUGCAAAAUCACCCCAGUGUGCUCGCGUUCCUAGUCGGUUCCGACUACUGGCCUGAUGAUACUGCCACGGAAGUUUACCUCUCUGCUCUUCGGAAAAUGGAUUGGCAAGCACCCAUAAUUGCCUCCGCUAGCAAACGCGGAUCCCCCAAACAGCUAGAAGGUUCCGGUAUGAAAAUGGUCGGCCCCUACGACUGGGUUCCGCCUAACUAUUGGUACGAGAGCGAAGAGGAUGCAGAAGGAGGCGCAUUUGGCUUUGGCUCCGAAUUGGGUGCUGGUGUUGGUACACCAGAGCUUAGCAGCCUAAGGAAGUUCUUAUCCCCGAAGGAUUUGGAGGAUCUCUGGACCAAUCUGGACAAGGGGCUUUUCCAUAUGUCGAACGAUGACUCGCAGUUUUGGCAGAGGAGCAUUUACAACAAGGGGCUGGUUGAGAGGUACGGACAGCCGAGCAGUCUGGAGGACUACGUACUCAAAGCGCAGGUGAUGGAUUAUGAAGCAACGAGGGCACAGUUUGAGGCGUUUUCCAUCAGACAAAGUGCUCAGCGUCCUGCUACAGGGAUGAUCUACUGGAUGCUCAACAGCGCCUGGCCCAACCUCCACUGGCAAUUAUUUGACUACUACCUUAAUGCUGGAGGCGCAUACUUCGGCGCCAAAGUCGGAUGUCGAACAGAGCAUGUGGCAUACGACUACGUCUCGCAAGGAAUCUACAUCAUCAACCAUACGAAAUCCACCAAAGCCAAUCGUACGGUGACCAUCGACCUAAUCGACAUGCAGGGUAGGCCACUUUUCCACCACAACGAAACAGUUGUGACGAGUCCACUGUCCUCGACACUCGUUUCGACCAUUCCUGAAAUUAGUCAAACCGUCUUCCUGAGGCUCAUUCUCCAGAACUCUGCCCGUGAUAUCCAUGAUGAUCCCCUGAGCAGAAAUAUCUACUGGUUAUCUGAGAAUAGAGACGUUCUGGACUCGGAAAACGCAACGUGGUAUUCCACCCCCGUCUUGGAAUAUGCGGACUACACUGCCCUAUCGGAACUGGAGGAUGUCACUGUCAAGGGCAGACUUAAGACCAGGAUUAAUCAGGAUUAUGAUCAGGAGAAGGAUGGUGAAGUAGAAGUAUUCGGCCUGGUAGAUCUGCAGAACGAGUCAGACAGUUUGCCGGCUUUCUUUGUGCGGAUGAUCCUGCUGGAUGCUGAGACCCAGAAUGAGGUUCUUCCUGUCUACUGGAGCGAUAACCACGUUACGCUGUGGCCUGGGGAAAGUUUAAAUGUGAGCUUUACGGUUGAGUUAAAGAGGGAGAUUGCGGAUUCUGGACUGCUUGUUGCUGUUGAUGGGUGGAAUGUUGAGAGAUUCACUCUAGAUACUGAGGGCGAUGCUUGACUUUUGUAUUUUGUUUUAAAAUCAUUAUGAUGCUAUUCGGAAUUUGGGAUGGUUAGGUUGGUAUUUUAACUCAUGACUUUUGCUAUAUAGUUACCUGCACAAGACUAAUUAAACCGCUCAUCUUGCGAUUCAUUAACCCAG